UGAACCGACACCUGCCCUGAGUCUCGCCGUGAAAAAUUACGAAAGAAUUCGGUUUGUUCAUCGCCUCUUCACAAGACCAACAAAUUUUUGCAAAACGAACAAUGGCUUCUAUGUGUGGACGCAUGGCACUGCGUGCUGCUGCUCGCCAAAAUGUGACAUACCACUCCGUGCGCACUUGCAAAAUGAUGAACGAUCCCUUGGAGCAUGCUACAGGUAUCGAGAAGCGUGAAUUGCUGCUCAAGGCCGCCGGCAAUGAUAAUCCCUUCGACAUGAAGGUGUUCAAGCGCGGUGCUGGCACCAAGGAGAACCCCAACUUGAUUCCAUCGGCCUUCGAUGCCCGCAUUGUGGGUUGCAUCUGCGAGGAGGAUCAGACCUACGUGCAAUGGAUGUGGUUGCAAAAGGGCAACCAGAAACGUUGCGAGUGCGGACACUGGUUCAAACUGGUCGAGAAGGCAGCUGUUUAAAUGAGUUAUUAUUAAAUAAUUAAAUAAACCAAUUAAUAAUACACAAAAACGAACACAACUAUUAAGCUUAAAGUCAACUAAUAGCUGUCCAAUAAACAAACAUCAACCCAACCCAAAAAAUUGGACGUACAUCCAUCAACCGGGCAACAUUUAUAGUUUUGAUUUGGUUCAAGAUCUAACGGCUAACGAUUAAAUAAAGAAUAGCUUUCGAUUAUCACAUAAGUUAACGAUGGAAAUACGAAAAAGAAGAUGAAAAUAAAGGCAGAACGAUGCCAAGGUACUUAAUAAAGAA